UCUGUUUUCAUAAUUACGUAGUCGUUCUAUAGUUAGUAGAUUUCCGGUUUAUUAGGGUAACCUUAGAGACAGCUGGGGUAGGGGCGGUCAUGGGGCGGAUGUGAGCCGGGUGUCGGACAAGGAGAUGCUGAUGCUGGGGAAGCAAGCAGGAUGUGAUCCGGAGGCUAAGGAGGCUGGAAAACCGCAACAAGGACCUGAUGCUGGAGCACGGGAACAUGAUGAGAAACGUGAACCGGAGCAUGCAAGUCCACCCCCACGAAGAUCCGAGGUCUCAAAGUGGUCAACUAGGAAAGGAUAUCCAGGAGCUCUGCUGCUUCUUGGACGACGACCGACAGAAAGGGGAAGAGGGUGUCCCGGGAGUGGCAACGAUUCGGCCGCUAGACGGUCAGCAUCCUGUAAAAAGACAUCGGACUGUACCAACAAAAGCUGAAGGAGAUGGAGGCCAGUCAGGAAACGCUGAGAACGGAGAACACGGAACUGAGAGAGGAGCGGAGCCGGCUCCCGGAGCUCCAUCGACAGCCAGUCUAGGCUGAGCAUCGCUGUCGGGGAUGGUAGUAGUGGGCCUACAUCUAGUCCAGUACCGGGAGUACUGGUAGUCUUGACCACCUCCUCUACAACCAUUUACUCAAAGUAUCCGAAGGAAAUAUAGCAUCUCCAAGAUCGUCGUUGGACGACCUGUCCCCUCCUUACUUCCAGCGAGGCACUGGGC